GGGUAAGAGGGUACUCCUGACUGCUGCAAACCCUAGGCUUGGAGAUUCUUGAUUUUCAGAAUUAAGAACAAGCAUAUAUUGUAAUAAUCAAAGAAUAUGGGAUCCAUGAAUUCAAACAACUGGCUUUCCUUUCCUCUUUCUCCCACUCAUUCUUCCUUACCACCACAUCUGCAAACAACUCAAUUUUCUCUAGGGUUAGUGAAUGAUCAUAGCAUGGUCAACCCAUUCCAGACCCAAGAGUGGAAUCUGAUGAAUACCCACGGCAGCAGUGAAGUUCCAAAGGUUGCUGAUUUUCUGGGGGUGAGCAAAUCUGAGAAUCAGUCAGAUCUUGUUGGUCUGAAUGAAAUUCAGGCAAAUGAUUCUGAUUACCUUUUCCAAAACAACAGUCUAGUGGCAGUGGAAAACACUGCUGUAGUAGCAGCAGCCACCUCUAACAAUUAUGAAUUUCAAGAGAAUGCAAAUAGUUUGCAGUCGUUGACAUUGUCUAUGGGAAGUGGUAAAGGGUCGACUACUUGUGAAACAAGUGGAGAUAAUAGUGCAAAUACUGUCGAAGCUGCCCCUAGAAGAACUUUGGAUACAUUUGGGCAAAGAACUUCAAUAUAUCGUGGUGUAACAAGGCAUAGAUGGACAGGAAGGUAUGAAGCUCAUCUUUGGGAUAAUAGUUGUAGAAGGGAAGGGCAAUCAAGGAAAGGUCGCCAAGUUUAUUUGGGUGGGUAUGACAAAGAGGAGAAAGCAGCUAGGGCUUAUGAUCUUGCUGCACUGAAGUACUGGGGAACAUCCACCACUACCAAUUUUCCAAUCAGUAACUAUGAGAAGGAAUUGGAGGAGAUGAAGCACAUGACAAGACAGGAAUUUGUCGCCUCGAUUCGAAGAAAGAGUAGUGGCUUUUCUAGGGGCGCAUCCAUGUAUCGCGGUGUUACAAGGCAUCAUCAACAUGGAAGAUGGCAAGCGAGGAUUGGGAGAGUUGCAGGAAACAAAGAUCUUUAUCUAGGAACUUUCAGUACUGAGGAGGAAGCAGCAGAAGCAUAUGACAUUGCAGCAAUAAAGUUCAGGGGGCUUAAUGCAGUCACCAACUUUGACAUGAACCGUUAUGAUGUGAAGAGUAUUCUCGAGAGCAACACUCUCCCCAUCGGAGGAGGAGCCGCCAAACGGUUAAAGGAGGCUCAAGCCAUUGAAUCUUCAAGAAAACGGGAAGAAAUGAUCGCCCUCGGCUCCGGCUUCCAAUACGGCAGCUCAAGCUCCUCUAGCAGAUUACAAGCAUACCCUCUAAUGCAGCAGCAGCAACAGCAGCAGCCAUUCGAUCAAUCCCAACAGACUUUACUAACCUUACAAAACCCUGACAUUAAUUCUCAUCAUCAGUACACGCAAGACCCUUCAUUUCACCAAAGCUAUCUCCAAACGCAGCUCCAUCUACACCAGCAAUCCGCAGCAGCUUCAUAUCAAAAUCCCCAGUUUUACAACGGUUAUCUUCAGAACCAUCCGGCUUUGCUUCAGGGUUUGAUGAACAUGGGUCCUUCGUCGUCUGUGAUGGAGAAUACUGGAGGAUAUAUGGGGAGUGGGUUGUCAAUGGCUUCUAAUUCCACGCCGGGAAAUGCAGUGGGAUCGGCGGAUGAACUUGCGCUUGUGAAGGUUGACUACGACAUGCCCUCUGCGGGUUAUGGGGGGUGGUCGGGGGACUCAGUUCAGGGAUCGAAUCCUAAUGUUUUUUCAAUGUGGAAUGACUAGGAUGUUUGGCGGAA